AAGUGGAGAUCAUGAGCGAGGACGAGGACGUCUUGGUUAUCUCCUCUGAGGAGUCUGCCUCUGAGGGCGACUACGAUUCCGACUCUGGGGACGAGUUUGUUCCCAAAGGGAAGAAGGGCACUGGGGCGAAUGGGACGUCUAAUGGGAAGGGGAAGGGGAAGGGGAAGGCAAACGGGAACACUGGAAAAGGGAGGGCAAGAGGGGGAAAGGAGAACCGUUCCUCCACCGACGGGGACGUCAAAGUUGCCACAAAAGCCGAAGUCCUUUCCCUCGCUACGGAUGCUCCCCCUGGUGGUCGGACGGGCAACUCACUCACGGGUGUGGACGAGGCUGUGCUGCAGAGGAUUAAGAAAGCGUUGUCGUUAGGCACGCACGAGGGAACGGGGGAGGCGGAAGCCAAGGCUGCUAUGCGGCUUGCGAGCAAACUGAUGGCCCAGCAUAAUGUCAACCAGGCGGACGUAUUGGCUUCAGAGGAUGAGGAGCAAAAAUUGAAACGAGCUGGCCAAUCCACUGUCGCCGUUCGUAGCCUCACUGGCGCAGGUGUCCUCAUGCAUGCUUGGAGCACUGUAGUUGCCCAAGCUGUUGAGAAGUUCUUUGACUGCAAGAGCUACAGCAUGUCCAUGGGUGAGAGGGUCGACUGGACGUUCUAUGGCCUGGCGGAGCAGACGGUUGCAGCAGCUUAUGCAUUCGAGAUGGUGUACAAUCUCAUCCUUACGUGGUCCGCGCAAAACAAGACGGCCAAAGGAAGAACUCAGAAGAAUAAUUACUGUUAUGGCGUGGCUGAUGGCUUAUAUGAAUUGGCCCGCAAGGACCGAAAGGAAGAAGAGCGUCGUGCUAUUCAGAAGGAGAAGGAACGCCUUGCGCUGGCAGCUAAAGCUGAUGCUGAAGAGCGCGAGAGGGAGAUCGAGCGACUAAAACACCGGGAUGAGGAAGACACAAAGGUGAAAGUGGAGGAGGUGAAGGACGAGGACGAGAAGGUCAAGCCCGAGGACGAACCUGAUGAGGCUAGUACCGUGGUUAACGAUGAGGAGCCUUAUUCGGACGCUGAGGACUUUGCGGGCCCUGUGAACGACUGGGACGAAAUGGGCGAACCUGGCGAUGACUUCCAGGCGGACUUUGACGCGGAGGAGGAGGAUAUUGAUGGUAUGCUGCGUGAUCUGGAUGCCACGGGACACAUCAACGUCAAGCACGACCCCGACCCUGUGCCAAAGUCGGAACCGAAGAAGGAAGAGGAAUCCAAGCCGGCUGUGGUCAAACUUGAGGAAGAGGAUGACACGCCAUGGCAGUCUGGCCAGCAACUCACGCUGUUUCGGCACAAUGCUGCUAGUAUUGCUGAUGACUACUUGAGGAAGCAGAAGAUCAAGCUGCACAAGCUCCCCCGAGUGAACGGGCCAAACUUUAGCAGGGGCGGGUAUUCGAACUACAACCAGGGGAAGGAGGAUGCCAAGAAGAUUGAUGUGAAGAGAAAGAGGAUCAGGGGCGUUGGGGAGGAUUAGGGAACUUGCUGGGUUUUGAUGAUUCCAUACAUGGACGGAGCAUAUCGAUCCAUGGCCGUUCUG